ACUCACAUUUUGACGCACACUUCACGGCAACUCUAUCGCAGCGGAACGUAGCGAUAUCCGAUUGUAGGCUCCAUCUGCCCAAGAGUUCAGCGAUAGUGGCCCACCGUGCAUCAGCAUUCUAACCUUCAAGCAUUCACAGCGCGGACGGCCAGUCUACGACCCUACUGUUUUGUCACUUCCCCCCCACCCCGGGUCGUUCAAGCAGCUUCUGGCCUACGGGUCUUAGGGCACCGUUUCACGGGAGUUGCAUCGCAGCGGAAGCGAGCCACUCUGAGUCCACUGAGAAAUCGGCAGCUGCACAAAGGGGAGCCCCUCGGACGAAACCAGCCCGAUUCUAAAUCACUCGUAACUCGGGCGAGGCGAGGCGCGGCGGGGCGGCGGCGUCAUGGCGACGGCCGGCGGAGCGGCGGCGGCGGCGCCGUCGAAGCGCGGCGAGCUGCGGUACGCGAUGGUGGCGCGCGGCGUGGACGUGCUGGCGGAGCAGUCGAUGAUCAAGGGCGACCUGAGCAGCACGGUGCAGCAGUGCCUCGCCGAGCUGCCCCAGGGCGGCGCCAAGUACGUCGCGUUGCCGCACGGCGACUUCACCAUCGCGUUCCAGACGGAGAAGGAAUACGUGUUCGGCGUGCUGGCGGACAAGGAGGUGGCGCGCGACGUGCUGCGCGGGUUCCUGGAGAAGCUUAAGGGGGGCUUCAUGGCCAAGUACGCCAGCAAGGCGCGCGCCAUGCCCGCGGGCGCGCUGCAGCGGGAAUUCGGGCCGAAGCUGAAGCAGCAGCUGCAGCAGGGGUCGGCGCGGCCGGAGGAGCUGAGCAAAGCGGCCAAGAUACAGGGGCAGGUGGAGGAGGUGAAGGGCGUGAUGCUGGAGAACAUGCGAAAGGUGAUCAACCGCGGAGAGAAGUUGCAGGUGCUGGAGGAGAAGGCCAACGUGCUGCAAGAGGAGGCUCUCAAGUUCAAAAAGGGGGCCAAGGCGGUGAAGGCGAAGAUGUGGUGGGAGAACAUGAAGAUCAAGGUCCUCUUCAUAAUCAUCGCCGUGCUGCUGCUGGGAGGCAUUGUCAGCCUCAUUGCAUGCCGGAUAGCCAAGUGCUGAUACGUCACUCUCCAGCCACCCUCCCCCCAGAGCCCAUCUGGCCCUUAGGCUGUAUACUUCAAGUCUGUCGCACUAAUCCGUCCACUAAGCGUGUCUGACCAAUCCACUUCCACCCAACCUGUAGUUCUGGCUCCUAAGCUAGACAAGCCCAGUAGGUUCUAUGAUGUGCGAUUGGAGUGGAGGAUUUUGCAUAGACAUUGGGCAAUAAAUGUACAGCAAUACAUAUUGUUAAAGAAAAUAUAAGUCGUUGU